CAAGCGAUAAAGAUGUCUAUCAAACUAACUGAUAAUGCCAUGCGCCAGUUUCGCGUUGCAAAGGUUUUCCAGGAGGUUGACGAGCUAACCGUCUCCCUGGACUUUUCCCGCGACGGAAGACGUUUGCUCACCUGUAAUCCUUCCAAGAUUACCAUUUACGACUGUGGCCGCCAAGCGGCUCUCUGUCAGGUGAACCUUCAGCACUACUGGCCGAAGGUAGCCUGCUUCGCCCAGCAGGACACUCGUGUCCUGCACUCUGCCUCAAAGUAUGACUGCGCCAUCCGAUGCCUGGAUCUGGAGACCCGCCAUUGUGUCCGCCUCUUUAGUGGCCAUUCUAGGUUCGCUCAUUUGCUGCUCUCUCAGCCAGGAAGCCAGGAUGUCUUCAUUAGCGCCGGACGUGAUGAUCAGGUCUAUGUGUGGGACUUCCGUUCCACCACGUAUACCCAUCAUCUUAAGGAUCUUCAAAGACCGCUGUGUGCCUUUGAUCCCGCCGGAUUGGUGUUCGCCACGAGUACGGGGACGGAGCGAAUCGAGAUCUAUGAUGUGCGGAUGCUGGGCGUAGAGCCGUGCCAGAAGUUUGACUACCAGUUCAGUGGCGAUGCCAAGUGGACACAAUUGCAAUUCGCUCCGGAUGGGAAGAGCCUGCUCCUAAGUACCGAUCAAUCCUGGUGCUUCAGUGUCAAUGCCUUCGAUGGAAAGUACCUGCAGUCCUAUACGGGUUACGCCAACGAUAAGAGGGAGUUACUGGAGGCCACUUACUCGCCAGACUCGCAGUUCGUGCUCUCCGGCGCAGAUGCGGGUAGGAUUCACAUCUGGCGAGCGGACAGUGGCAACCCGGUGGCCGUGCUCAAGGGCAACAAUGUGGGGGCGGUUCGAUGCCUGCGUUUUAAUCCCCAGCUAACCAUGUUUGUAAGCAGCGAUCAGUUAAUUGUCUUCUGGAUGCCCUCGGCCCAAGGGAAUUACGAAUGGGUGGAUCCGCCCCAGCCGGGGGAAACUCCUAUUUGGAAGACCGAAGACUAUUCUUACUCCGUAAAAGUGCCUCAACCAAAGAGUAUGCCCAAGCCGAUGGUGGAUGUGAAGCAGUUCCGAAAGGCGCUCUGCUCCAGUGGUUGGAUUAAAAAACCCAAGAGACUCCGAUCCGAAGAAACCUUGGCUGCUCUCACCAACUUGCAGGAUAGUGAGAGUUCGAUGGAAGAGGGGGAAAUAUCAGAUUAAGAAACCGCAAAAAGCCCGGUGAGGUGGCCAACUCCCUUUAUGCCAGCGGGGGAAACGACUUCCGACCAAUCGUCCUUAUGCUUUUCAGACACAAAUUGUUAAGUUCUGCCAGCAAAUUGCACAGCUGGCUACCCACCGACUUGCAAAAGUUUGCCCUUUGGCCAAGUUCUCUCCUCUCUGUAUGUUAUGUGCGCUUGAAGCACUGACAAGCGUUUCAUUUAUAGUAGUUUCUGUGGCCAUAGAAAGAAUUCCCUCUCUUUUAAUAUUAAUGAAAUCUUUUGCCGAAAAGCACCCAAAAUAUAGCACACAAAUUGCCGUUGAACUUUCUGAAGUUGUAACUCUAAUUGAAUAUGUGAAUGGGUGCUCGCUCAGUGGCUGCCCCCAGGAAAACUUUCCAUGGGCUUGAAGUUUUGAAUGCCUCGUCAAAACCAGAGGCAACUGCAACUGUUAAGAAUCUCAAAUGUCCUUUGUGGUUGACAAAAGCUAAAAGUCUAGCUAUAAAAAAAUAUU